AUGCGUGCAACGUAUUCAGCUACGUACUUCCUUGGCUACAUAACGAUGCAUCAUUCGUUCCGUUUCAUUGAUCUAUGUGAUCACCAUUUCACUUCUCUGACACUCUUAACGAUCUUCUUGAAUACGGAUUCUGAGCGUGCUGCUGACAUUUCACGUGACCCCUCAAGUAAGCCAUCUGAUUUGGCAGUCAAGAUUCUGCGUCAAGAAAGUGACAGUCGUGGUGGAUCCUACAAGAUAAUGUUCCACUUAGGAAUAGCUGAUAUUAUUCAAAUGUUAUGCUUCACACCAACUUGGCUGUGCUAUUUCAUCGGUAUCGAUUCAAUACCAUACACUCUCAACAAGAUAAUUGGUUCCUUAUUGAACGCACAAUGGAUGAAUGCAGUGAAUUUGAUGACGGUAUUAGCGAUCAAUCGCCUUUCAAUUGUUGUCAUUGGCAAGAAGGCCGAGUUGUUCUUUGACGGAGUGGGCUUGAACGUAACAUUUCUCAUUGCUGCACAGUUCAUCUUUAUAAUUUGCUCGAGAUACCAAAUCAGGGAUCCUCAAAGUCGUAGAUGCAUAUUCACAGUCUAUGCAGAGUUCUUUUCUCUAGAAGAAGACUGCAUAUGA